AGCAACGAUACGGAAAAUGUUUCGCUACUCAACGAAAUGGAUUUCAAACAUGGUAAAUAUUUGAUUCUGUGUGUGCUUGCUUCAGCUCGUUCUCACAGCAUACCGCCUAUUUCGCAUGUUUAUGAAAAUAUCAAUCAUGGCCAAUUGAAAAAUAGAAGCACAAUCGACAAUUCACGGCGAUUAUCGCGCUGCGGAUGCUUUUAACAUGAAAAACUUGUAACAAAAUGAUUUUCAAUUUUUUCCCAUUGUAAUUGAAUGGUUGUAACCGAUGAUUGCGCUUAAUUCACUGUCGUACAUAUCAAAGCCAGAAACAAUAAUCCAAAGUUCACAAUUAUUUGUAAUUUCAAAGGAAUGCACCCAGUUCUCUCGUAAUGUCGGACAAAUCCCGAUUGAAUAACAAAAAAAAACACACACAAUUUUGUAUAAUCAUAUGCACGCGCCUUUUUGACUUGUAUAUCAUUUGCAACACCCUUAACUCAAAUUUGACUGAAACGCAUCGCAAAUGCACCUUUGUACCGCUGUGUGAACAUCGUCGCGAUCACGCGAUACCAUUUUUUUGUUUACAGUUAACAACACUCAGGCACAUACACAUACACAUUGCACAGACAUGGUCAAUUUUGUAAUUGAAAAGCUCUACUUCCAACACUCAUUCAAUCAAGGGGAGAGGCAGACAGAGAUAGAGAGCGAGGCAUGUGCAAAAUUAACGGCGAAAAAAAUUGUAAACAAAUCACGUCGUCAUGUGUGUUGGUCAUUGCAAAUUAGUAUUAAAUAUGAUUUAGUAGCCAAGAAUUUCUACUCUGUCGUCGUCGUCGUCAUCGUCGUCGUCGUCGUCGUCGUUUUAGAAAGAAAUACAAGUUCAAGAACUCACAUACAUCGAACGAAAUUGCAUGUCAUCGAAAAGAUUAUGAAUCAGUCUCGACUUUGUGUUGAACGCUUUUGGCGCCUCGAACAAAAUCACAGCGACGCUCCGAUAUCAAUGUAUCGCGUCGUGUGUGUGUGUUUGUGCUCUGGGCAUACUGAAACAUGCGAAACAUGCCAAUCAAUCCGUACUCCGUACACUUGAACCAUUACUCUAGCCAGCCGCCAAUAGUUUAUUUGUCGACAGACUUUACAACCGAUCGCAUCGUUUUUUAUUUUCGGGAAUCAAAGAAAAAUAAAGAAAAAAUUAUUUAAAAGACUCAAAACCAUUACGGUAUUAUUCAAUUAAAAUUCGUUACGCCGUCGAAAAGCACAACACAUUCUUGAACCAGCGUUAAUUUAGUGGAACAAAUUCGGUGAAACGAAUUUUCAUCGAGAAAAACAUUUAUUCGUGAACUGUUCGACCUUUUUUCUUGGUUAAAAUCGAGGUUUUAUUAUACAAUAGAAUGCACAAAAUAUGUGUCAAAAAUGAAUUCCGCGUAGUUUUCAAGUAAAAGUGAAGAAGUGAAGAGUUUUUCCUUCGAACUCUUUAUUAAUCUGCAAAAAGACUCUUUGUGAACAGUUAAUUUGUUAAGGAAAAUAUUUAUUAAGUUUUUGUUUAAGUUUGAAAGAAAAGACUCAAAAAUCCGACAAGAUGUUUUGCCUACCGAUUGCUUGGUUCGUGAGUAUUUUCAAAUCGGGCAUACGUUACGCUUCGAACGCAAUGGGAAAGUCAACACCGACGAAAAUUGAUGCGAAUGCCAACAUUAUGCAGGUGAAACCAAUGCGGAGGCUCUCUAUUCAACAGGAGACAAUGAUCACAUUGUCUCCAAAGCGGACAUUGUCAUCCGCUCAAGCCAUAACUUCAUCCAAUCCAGAUAAUUUACCACAUUUGCCACUACCAAAACUUGAAGACACCAUGCAAAAGUACUUGAAAUCAGUUCAACCAUUGCUUUCGUCGGAGAAAUUCUUGAAAACUGCUGAACUUGUGGAAGAUUUUAAACGUGGCAUCGGAGCACAACUCCAUGAUUUACUGGAAUACAAAGCAUCGAAAUCACAGAAUUGGCUCGCCGACUGGUGGUUAACUAUCGCUUAUCUCUCGUGGCGAUCACCAGUUGUGAUUUGGUCGAAUCCAGGAUUAUAUUUACCUACUCGGUUCUUUGAGAAUGACUUUCAAUGGUGUCGAUUCACUGCUAGAUGCAUCUGGGCAACACUGAGAUACAAACAAAUGAUUGACUAUAAUGAAAUUCCAACGGAAAAAGCCGGCAAAUACCCACUUGAUAUGAGUCAAUAUAAGAAGAUUUUUGGCACCUGCCGCAUUCCAGCUCCAGAAGUAGAUCAUAUUGAAUACAAUCCCAAGUCGAAACAUAUUGUGGUUGCGUUUAAAAAUGGGUACUACAAGGUGACCGUUUAUGAAGAAUCAUCUGAUAAGUUCUUAUCGGAAAACCAGUUGACCGAACAACUUUUACUUAUUUUGAAAGACAGUGGAAACAAUGAACAAGUUGGCCUUUUAACAACGGAACAUCGUGAUACUCUGGCUACGGCGUAUGAAAAUUUGACACAAGACGCAGUAAAUAAGGCUUCAGUGGAUGCAAUCACAAAAUCGCUGUUUGUUGUUUGUUUGGAUCAACCGAUUCCAGUGUCAGAUCCAAAUGAAGAUUUCAAUUUGUCUGGUUCUCAGUUGAUUCACGGCGGUGGUUCAAAGCAAAACUCCGGCAAUCGUUGGUUCAACAAAACGUUGCAACUUAUUGUGAAUCGCAAUGGAAUGAACGGCAUCAACUAUGAACAUUCCCCGGCCGAGGGCCAACCGAUUGCUGUGUUAACUGACUUCAUUCUCAAGCAAUUGAAAAUGGAGGCAAGUGAAAAUGAAAUUAUAAAUGCGCACAGUUUUCCGCAUCCAACGAAAUUGCCAUUCAACAUUUCCGAAAAGACGCAGAAAGACAUACAAAUUGCCGCUGAAAAUAUUGAUAAAGCUUCAUCAAAUCUCGAAUUAAAUGUAGUACACUUCAAAACUUACGGUAAAAACUUCAUCAAAUCACAGCGCAUGAGUCCAGACAGUUUCAUUCAAAUGGCGAUGCAGUAUGCUUUUUACAAAUUACACGGUGAGCCUGGUGCCCACUAUGAAACCGCUCAAGUACGUAUGUUUAUCCAUGGCCGAACCGAAACCAUUCGAUCGUGUUCCACCGAAUCGGUGGCGUUUGCCGAGGCCAUGUGUGAUCCAGCGGUCAGCAAUCCAGAGAAAGUGCAAUUGCUGCGUGCUGCGGUGCAAGCGCACAAAAAUUACACUGUGAUGGCAUCAUCGGGUGAAGGUAUUGAUCGGCAUUUGCUUGGAUUAAAAUUGAUUGCACGUGAAAAGAAUUUCCCCAUUCCCGAGCUAUACAACGAUGAAGCCUAUGUGAAGAGUACCAGUUUCCGUAUUUCAACUAGUCAGGUGGCAUCAAAUGCAAAAUCAUUCAUGUGCUAUGGUCCAGCCGUCGAUGAUGGCUACGGUAUAUGCUAUAACCCACGCAACGACGACAUUAUUUUAGCCGUGUCGGCAAUCAAAUCGAAUCCGGUGACCAGUGCCAAGGCAAUGGGUCAACAUUUAACCGAUGCCUUUGAGCAUAUGCAUCGCUUGUUAUCUAAGGCUGGUGAACGUAGAUUAAGCAAAUUGUGAUACUACAAACAAACAUUUUCUAUUGAUUAUUAUAGAAUUUUUUUUUUUGAAACAGUCCAUGGAUUCAAUGUUUUUACCGCUAAAUUUUGUCAUACAAUUUUUUUUUAAAUCGAACAAUUUUAUUAGCGCAUAAGAUAUAUAUGAUAUUAUUACAUGAAGGAAGUCGAGAUGGAGGUAUACUUUUUGUAAUUUGUCUUGAAUUCUCAAGCAUAAACAUUAAUUUGUAGGAAAAAAUUGUGAAGAAAAAAGCAUUCAAUAAAGAGAUAAUAUUUGAAAUUAAA